GAGCAGUUGUCACCGAUGUGUAACCCAUAGCCAGGCACCGAUAUCCCUGGCAUGUUCCUUCUAGCCGCUCGUGGCAAAUGAUUCGCGUUUUACUGGAGUUUGGCCUGAUGCGUAGAGGCGAGACUGAGGAUCGUCGCUGGCGAGAACCAAUACUAGUAAAAUCCUAAAGGCGCUGCCUCUCAUUUUCUGGGCCUGGGUUUCCCCCGUUUCUCUUGACAUGUCUUCUCGUUCCACAUCUAUUCCUCAUCGUACUUCAGUCUCCUCGACUACAUCGACACAGCAUUCCCAGACCCAGUCACUGGCUCCCACUCAACAGAGAUCUCGCCAGCAACCUCAGAGGCUUACUGCGCAACAACUUGCCGAGCGGGUCAUCUCGCCAGCCUCACUUCUGUUCCCUGGCGGUGCCCCGCCUUUCAGACGAGAAACCCAGCAAGAGCGACCACUACGCACAGAGAUGGAUCGGAGGCAUCCCAGCUCGUUCCAACAGCUGGAAAAGCUAGGAGAGGGGACGUACGCCACCGUCUACAAGGGGCGAAACCGACAGACCGGUGAACUCGUCGCCCUGAAAGAAAUCCACCUCGACUCCGAAGAAGGCACGCCGUCGACAGCGAUCCGAGAAAUCAGUUUGAUGAAGGAACUCAAACAUGAAAACAUUGUCACUCUGCACGAUGUCAUACACACCGAGAACAAGCUCAUGCUGGUCUUCGAAUAUAUGGACAAGGACUUGAAAAAGUACAUGGACGCACGGGGGGAUAGGGGCCAACUCGACCAUGUCACCAUCAAGAGAUUUAUGCAAGAUCUACUUCGGGGCACAGCAUUUUGUCAUGAGAAUCGAGUCCUCCAUCGGGACCUGAAGCCCCAAAAUCUCCUGAUCAACACGAAAGGGCAGCUGAAGCUGGCGGAUUUCGGCCUUGCAAGAGCAUUUGGGAUUCCAGUCAAUACCUUUUCCAACGAAGUGGUCACGCUGUGGUACAGAGCGCCAGAUGUGCUUCUUGGGUCAAGGACAUACAACACGAGCAUCGACAUCUGGUCUGCGGGCUGCAUCAUGGCCGAGAUGUACACUGGCCGGCCCUUGUUUCCGGGGACGACGAACGAGGACCAACUUCAAAAGAUUUUCAGGCUCAUGGGGACGCCGUCGGAGCGGACAUGGCCCGGCAUCUCUCAGCUCCCCGAGUACAAGAGCAACUUCCCAUCUUACGCUACGCAGUCGCUGGCGAUUCUCUUGCCGCAGAUUGACCAGUUAGGGCUCGAUCUGCUGGGCAAAUUGCUGCAGCUCAGGCCAGAGAACAGAAUCAGCGCCCAAGACGCUUUGAGGCAUCCGUGGUUUUCGGAUCUGCCAAACUACGCUGGACACGGAAGGACCCAUGUUAGCUCGACGAUGCAGCAGCCUGGACAGUUGGGACAUCAGGGUGGAGUUGCAGGAGCGUAUGGUGCUCAACCUGGUUUGGUAGGCUCUGGUGGCGCAUAUUGACCCGUUUGGUGAUGAGAGACAUAUCCUUUUGUCUGCAUGAGUGAAAUGAGAGGCAAUGUGACGGUCUCCAUGAACCAUUACACCUGAGAGUUGUUCAAUGUUGGCGGGGGAUGUGGAAAUGGUUUGAAACACCAAGGUUUACCAUUGUGAUACCCUCGUCUCUUUGAGGAAGCAUCCUGCAGAUAUGGCGUGGAGGGUGGAGGCAUCUCGGUAUGGGUGCAACACAGGCAGGCAUUUCAUCCUUAGGCGCAGCAAUUGAUAGUAUGAGUUGACGACUCCCUAAUCUUCUUGCGUACACGCAGUCCAGUAUCUUGUGUUGGCGGAACAGUUUUGGGGCGUUGAUGAAUUGUUAAAGCA